AUCUUAUUUUAUUUUAUUUUAUUUUAUUUUAUUUAAUCAAGUAAAGGUAAUUAAAUGAAUAUAAUUAAGAUGCACAUCGUAGUAAUAAUAUGCAUAUCUUUUAAACCGAUUUAUAAAUCUGGGUUACGAGUACUUUACUUUCACGUUUACAGUGUGUUUGUUUGUAUCAGAAUGUACGUUUUCUACUUAGUCAGUCAGGAAAAGCCGGAUAACUUGAAACAGUUAAGAAGAUUUACUUGGUGAUAUAGUUGACUUAAAUAAGAACGGAUGCUGGCAUUAGAAAAAUCAAGAAUUGAUUUUUUUUUUUUUAAUUGAAAUAAUUUAUUAAAAUAUAAUAAUAAUCGUUUGAAAUGGAAUUUUUCUUUUAUUUUCUUUUUUUUUUUUAAUUCAUAACGAUAAUACAAAGAUGACAGACAGAUGUGCAAUAAUACUAAAAUAAAUAGUAAUAUAACACACAGAUUUUCUAUUUAAUAUCUGAUUAUUUAACAAUCGAUCAUCUAUGACUUCAAUUAAUUGUACUUUACGUAUAUCUGUUUAUCUCGUUGAUAAAAUCUCAAUGAGUUCUGUUCCACUUUCUCUGUAACUGUUCCACUCGUAUUAAGUAUACGUGUCUGUGUUUGUGUUUUUUAUUCGUUUACAUAAGUAUACACAUAUAUCUAUAUAAGGAUUUUUAUGGUAUUACGUACGAAUGAAUUUUUAUUUUCAGUUUUAAUAUCAAAUAAUAAAAAAAAAAUUAAAAAAAAAAAAAAAUAGAAAGGGGAGAAAUGUUCGAACAGCCGUGUUUUUACAGUGAGUUAAAGUACGACGAGGCUUGUGUUAAAUUAAAAAAUGAAGAUGGAUCUAAUGCAUGGCUUUAUGCACUUUCAUCUGAUUGCGUUUCCUGUCCUUACAGUAGAGUAUCACCAAUUUCAAGCGUGAAUUACAGUGUCAAAUUGAACACUGCUAGAACUAUGAAAUUGGCAGUACUUAAUGUCGAUGGUUUUAGUGAAUAUAUAUCAGCAAAAAAUAUCAGUAAUGCAAUAUGCAAACUAUCACCGAAUUUAGGAGAAUACGGAAGUUACGAAUUAUUAAUACGAAAUGAUAGUUGUUUUUUUAACACUUUAAUAAGACCAACGAAUUCUUACAUCACUCUCCUUAUUGUUUUUGGUAUAAUAGUAUGCUUUCUAAUUGGAAUUUCUAUGUCGAGACAAAUAUGGCAAUUGAUACAAGAAAAGUGUAUGAAACGAGCCGAUAAUCAGACCACCAACGAUGUUGCAAAAAAACGUCGAGUGAAAUCCAUCGACACAUUUAGAGGAAUCAGCAUAUUAUUUAUGAUCUUUGUUAAUAACGGUGCUGGAGGUUAUUAUCUACUCGAGCAUGCAACUUGGAAUGGUUUGUUAAUAGGUGACUUAGUUUUUCCAUGUUUCAUGUGGAUUAUGGGAGUUUGUAUUCCCAUAGCCAUAUCUUCGCAAUUAUCACGCGGUAUUUCAAAAUUAGAAAUUUCUUUGAACAUUUUGAAGAGAAGUGUGAUGCUAUUUUUUAUUGGUGUUGCAUUAAACACACUGAACAGUGUACCACAAUUGGAAAAUAUUCGAAUAUUUGGUGUAUUGCAAAGAUUUGGUUUAGCUUAUUUAAUAGUUGCUUUGAUGUUUCUAUUUUUAACACCUAGAAAACCGAAAAAAAUACAGAAUUUGUUGCAUCAACGUUUAAAAGAUAUAUCCAUGUUGUUACCACAAUGGAUCAUGGUUGUAGGUAUCGUUGUAGUACAUUGCUUAUUAACAUUCAAACUUUCAGUACCAGGUUGUCCCACUGGUUACCUUGGUCCUGGUGGACGUCACGAAGAUGGAAAAUAUAUGAAUUGUACAGGUGGUGCUGCUGGUUACAUUGAUGAUUUAAUUCUAACACCUAAACACAUUUAUCAAAAUUUGAUGAUAGUUUCAGUUUAUGGUUCUAAACCUUUCGAUCCUGAGGGUAUUUUAGGUUGUUUGACAACGAUCUUUCAAGUAUUUCUGGGUGUCCAAGCAGGACAAAUUUUAUUGUGUUAUAAAGAUUGGAAGGACAGGGUUAUAAGAUGGCUCUUAUGGGCGGUAUUUUUAGCUAUCGUUGGAUUUCUCGUUCAUAUUUACGUCAUACCCGUAAAUAAAAAUUUAUGGUCGUUAUCAUUUGCAUUGGUAACAACAGCUUUUGCUCUUGGACUCUUAUCAGCUUGUUACUUGCUCGUAGAUGUUGCUAGAAUAUGGAGAGGUGGUCCUUUUCGAAUACCUGGAAUGAACGCACUGUUAAUGUACAUCGGUCAUCAAUUGUGUUAUCAAAUCUUUCCAUUUCAUUGGCGUAUCGGUAACAUGCAUAGUCGUACUUUAGUAUUGGUAGAAGCUAUUUGGAGUAUUGUACUUUGGACUUGCAUAGCUUAUAUUAUGCAUCGUAAACGAAUGUACAUUACAUUGUGAAUGUAAUUUGAUUAGAAAGAACAUUUAUUUAAGGUUUUGGGAUAUAAUGAUGAUCAAUGUUUUUUUUUUUUUUCUUGUUUGUUUGUCUCAUAUUGAUAAAUAAUUUAUUUAUACACGACUUACAUUUUAAAUGUAUGAUAAUGACAGUGUUGUUUUGAGGUUUUGAGGUAUUUUACCAAUCGUAUACUUUCUCAUUUUGAAAUACGAAUUUGUUUAGUAAGUACAUUUGUUUAAUUUUGUAGUUUUAUAUAAUUAUUUUUUUUUUUUUUGGUUUAAUAUUAAUUAUUAUUA